UCACUACAAAGCACCGUAAUAAUUUUUCCUGAAAUGAGUAAUUAGUCAAGAAAAUCGAAAAAAUACUAUUAGAAGAUGGCUAAACUAAUUAAACAGUUGAUCAAUAAUUGAUUAAUGAAUUACCGACAUAUCAUUUCUUUGCAAAGGACUCUUCUGUGGUAAUGUUUAUUGUGAUAGUAAUUUCCUCUAACCUUUAUUCUUUUAUUUACCAAUAUCAAAGUCUGUGAUAAAAUUAAGAAAAUUAAGAAAUUUUUGUAUCCUGGUUAAAACUUGGGAAUGUAUCAACUGAAUGAAACUGAUUUGUUCUGAGAUGAUUGUGACAAAUUGCAAGUGUUGGAAUAUUGUCGUUGAUUAGCGCCGGAAAUCAUAAACAUGAACAUGAAGAAACAAUUUUAUCGAAUAAAGCAGCAAGCUCUCCAGAAUUUCUCCAUAGCGGGUAAAAGCGAAGUGUUAUCAGAUGAUUUGGUGAUUGCGGAAAAGCGAAUCGAAGAUAUACGAAAAGUCUGUCAUAGUAUCAGAAAAUUAAUACCACCUUUUAAGGAAAAACAAAACAAAAAAGAACCUAAAGAUCCUGUUCUGCAGUUCUUCGAGAACGCUGGUGGUGCGGAUGAAGUGGAUGAUAUCUUGAGACAAGUCCUAAUUCAAAGUAGUCAAAUGCAUGUGAAGUUGGCUGACAUAAAUAGUGACACUGAUAAUCGUAUCAAAAACAAUGUGCUGCAACCGUUACAAGAAAUUAUGGAAUUCGAUUUACCAAAGAUUGUCAAACUAAAGAACGAGCUUAAAGGACAUGUUUUGGAUAUGGAUUCGGCCAGAAGCAGGUUGGGCGGUGCUGAAAAACACUCAUCAAGUUCCAAUUCUACCGGAAACGUCACGAAAAUUGAUGCGAUUAGAGAAGAAGUCGAAGAGAAAGAAAUUAGAGUUGAUCAAGCACGGGAUGCAUUGGCUUCUGAAAUGUACGCUGUAAUUUCAAAAGAAGCAGUAUUAGCGAAUGUAUUGUUAGAAUAUAUCCAACUUCAACAAGAAUCGCAUUUGUCUGCUGUGAAGGUUUUGGAGCAAUAUCUUCCAGAUGUCAAGUCUUCUAUAGAUAACGGUCACCUUAAACCAGUAUUUAAAACUUCUCUCGACGAACAUUUACGAAGCACUGGUCGGAAGAUAGCCUACCCUUUAGAGCUCUGUGUCUGUGUUCUUUCAGAACUUGGCAUGGAAGAAGAAGGCCUGUUUCGAAUAGCCGGAGGUGCUGGUAAAGUUCGUCGUCUAAAGACAGGUCUUGAUGCUAAAUUUAUGAAUUUGGAGACAGCUUUGGAAUUGAGAGACUGUCACGUUUUCGCCGAUGUUUUAAAGAAAUAUUUUAGAGAGUUACCAGAACCACUGCUUACGUUCAGACUGUACGAAGAGUGGUUAAGUGCAAUCAAUUACAGACAUUCCGCCGACGAAAACGAAAAACUUUCUGCUCUUCGAACAGUUCUUACCAAGUUGCCUCAAACGCAUUAUGAUAAUUUGAGGUAUUUGAUCAAGUUUUUAGCCAAAUUAUCGAAGAAUCAUGAAAUCAACAAAAUGACUCCUCAAAAUAUCGGCAUUGUUAUCGCUCCAAGUUUAAUUUGGAGUAAUAAUACUAACCUUGGCAAUAUUGGAGAAAAUAUGAGCUUCAGUAAUCAGCAUACUGCGAUUGUCGAAUGUCUUGUGAGAAAUGCCGAUUGGUUCUUUCCUGGUGAGGAAAAAUUCUACGUUACCUUCGAUGAAGUACAGAGUACGACGAAAGUGAGAGAACACACCAGGUCAAAUAGCGCUGAUUUAAGGUCAUUUAAUGUCGAGCUUUCCUCCCCCACUGAACCUUCGAUUGAACGGUGUCAGUCUACGACGAGCUUAGAAGAACAGAUCCAGACCCAACCUUUGGCAGAGAGUCCGAAACCUAUGAAUCGUACUCGUAAAAACAAACCCGCUCCUAUACCACCAAUUUCCAAUAACGCUUUUGGGUCUCCUUUCGGUACUCAGAAGGAUAAAUCUAACGUUACUAAUAAAACUGGUUCGACUACUUCGUCUUAUAAAAGUCAUCUACCAAAUGAAAUAUCUCCUACGAAUGUAAACAUGGCGACACAUCAUCAAGAAUCAUUCAGUUUUAAAGAAUUAUCCGAUAAGUUAAACGAUGUCGUCGAGCAUGAUGAUAAAGAAGAAAAAUCUCGAUCGAGAAGUCCUAGAUCGAAAGUAGGGUUACUGGAAGAUAAUAAUAGUAACGUUUCGACCGAUGUAAGAAAUCUUCUAACGGCCGAAUCGCUGAAUAAAAUAUUAGAGAGUAAAAAAGUAACCAAACCAGUACCCGCGCCGAGGAUUUCAUUAGAAAAAUUUAAUAAUGAUGAAGUAACACCGAGGAAACCAUUAAUACCUGAAAAACCAACUGGUCUGACGAGACCUAUGAGCUGCACGUUUAAAUCAUUCAAACUAUCCGAUUUGCCUGACGUCAAUAAGUCGGAGGCUGAAAAAGGUAAAGGACCUUCGUUAGAAAAAGCUCAUUUAUAUUCAGUCGAUAAGCAACAAGUUUCAUUUAUUGAAAUUGCUUCAUCACCCGAUGACAGCUCACCUACUGAUACCUCGGUUUCGACCAAUCAUGAAUAUUCGACAUUAAGAUCUCGAUCCAGUUUUUCUUCUAGUGAUAAUAGAGGCGGCUACGAGAAGUCCGAUAAUACUAAAUCAGAUCAUCGUACAGAUUCUGGGCAGAAUUCUAGUCAUAUGCGAGCCCUCUCUGAUGGCCAUAACAUAGACGUUUCUAACACAGCUAAUUUACCGCCACAUCGUAACUAUCAACGGAUUCAGAGACCGAUUCCACCACCUCCUCCUCCACCUGUUAGCUCUAAAUCACAAAUUCGAUCUGGAUCAAUUAGUGACAGUACUAAUCUUUAAUACAUUUUUUUUUUAAGAAGUAACUUUUCAUUUUGUAUUAAGUUUUCUUGACAGCCGUUAUUUAUUUACGUUAUCGUGUGAUAUAUUUAUUUUUUUAUGUAGCUUAUACCAUUUUAAAAGUAAUAUAACGUUCCGUGGAUUUUCAAAAA